AUGGAAACAAAUAUGGCGACUCCCAUGGAGCUGCUUUGCUGGGGAGGCGACUGGGACUUGCCGUCCGUUCACACAGAGUCUCUCAUUGUGUUGGCCUAUGCAAAAUUUGCUGGUGCAAACCUGAUAGCGAAGCCAAUUGACUGGACGUGGAGAACAAUUACAACAACUGUACCACAGCUGCAUCAUGACGGUGCCACGGUAACAGAGCCUACAUAUAUUCUCAACUAUCUGAGAAAACAGAGGUUCAAUGCUGAUUACGACUUAACUGCCAAACAGGGAGCCGACACCAUGGCUUACAUUGCCCUAGUGGAGGAGAAAUUGCGACCAGCAUUGCUUCACACAUUUUGGGUGGACAGCGAGAACUACAGUAACCUGACCAGGCCAUGGUUUUCAUCACACUCGCCAUUUCCGUUAAACUUCUUUGUCCCGGCUCGCCACGCGACGUUAGCGCUUUCGCGGAUCUUGCUAACCAAAGGAGAGGCUCCCCUUCACAGCAUCGCUGAAGUCGAGGGAAAGAUAUACAGUGAAGCCAAGGAGUGCCUGAAUUUGCUGUCUCACAGACUGGGAACGGCACAUUACUUCUUUGGAAACACGCCUACGAGCCUGGAUGCCUUUGUCUUCGGCUACAUCGCCCCUCUGCACAAAGCCAACCUUCCCAGCGGUCAGCUCCAGAAUCAUCUGAAACAGCUGACCAAUCUGUGCCAAUUCUGCAACGCUAUCCUCAAAAACUACUUCACCGAUGGCACGCCUGGCUCCCCUCCGUCCAGUCAGGAGACGGUGGACGCAAACCUCCAGAAACUGACACAGCUCGUUAACAAAGAAUCCAACCUUCUCGAGAAGAUGGAUGACAAUCUACGCAGCAGUCCUCAACACAGGCCGCACAGAACCAAGCCCAAACCCUCAGCUUUGUCCAAUGAGAAGAACUUGACACCAGCCUGA